AUCAUGAGAUAUAAAAAAUUGAUUACUUAUAACUUUACAAAUCAAACAAGAUAAAUGAAUUUAAGAAAGGGCCUCCCAGACCCAGACCCAUUUCCGUCACUACAGCAACCCAUAGUGGCGAGGCCUACUGCUCACACGCGCCCCAAUAAAUACUCAUCAUCUUAUUGUUGCAUUUUCUUCUUCAUUUUUACAGUCUCCUUUUCUCUCUAAAGGCUCGGGAUUCUCUCUCUUCCGAUCAAUGGCGACUGGAUUUGUCCGACGAGCGAUAACAAGGGUUCCGGCCCUAUCACCGGCGGCCAGAGCUCUCAUUUACAGGGAACACGCAUCCGAGGCGGCGGCGCAGCAGUUGGAUCCGCAGGCGAAGCCGAGCUCCACUCCCAAAACCUUCCAAAUCUACCGAUGGAAUCCGGAUACGCCGCAGAAGCCGGACCUCCAGAACUACGAGAUUGACCUCAAGGAGUGCGGCCCCAUGGUCCUCGACGCGCUAAUUAAGAUUAAGAACGAAGUCGAUCCAACCCUAACCUUCCGCCGCUCCUGCCGUGAGGGGAUCUGCGGCUCGUGCGCGAUGAACAUCGACGGCCGGAACGGCCUCGCUUGUCUGACCAAGAUAACCUCCGGCGGACCCACGAUGAUCACGCCGCUGCCGCACAUGUUCGUCAUUAAGGAUUUGGUGGUUGAUAUGACCAACUUUUACAACCAGUACAAGUCGAUUGAGCCGUGGCUCAAGAGGAAGAGCCCGCCGGAGAAUCCGGGGAAGGAGAAUCUGCAGACCAAGGAGGAUCGGAAGAAGCUGGAUGGGAUGUACGAGUGCAUUCUGUGCGCCUGCUGUAGCACAUCCUGCCCCAGCUACUGGUGGAAUCCGGAGUCUUACUUGGGCCCCGCCGCUCUUCUUCAUGCCAACAGAUGGAUAAUGGACAGUCGAGAUGAAUACACAAAAGAGCGGCUGGAUGCGAUUAAUGAUGAGUUCAAGCUGUAUCGGUGCCAUACAAUCUUGAAUUGUGCUAAAGCUUGCCCCAAGGGACUCAAUCCUGGUAUGCAAAUCCAGAACAUCAAGCGACUCGAGCGCACAAAUUAGCUUUUGGGAUUCUUGGGUGUUUGAUUGAUUGAUCAAGUUGAAUAAUGACUACUUUUGCAAAUUUCAACUCAUCUGUACCUUCUGAAUCAGUAUACAGUUCGAAAAUAAUGUGUUUUGGGAAUUGGGCUAUAGUAGUGAAUUGUUAGUUUAAUUGACGCUCGAGUGGCUCGGCCCAUAACUGCGAGGGGCUUCAGAUGGUUUGUUUAUUUUAGCAAGUUUUAUUUGAUUUAAAUCUCCUUUUGCCAAUGUUUGUGUACUUUCGAGUAGCGCAUAUAGAGAUAGAUAUGCUUCUUUUUGUUGAGGGAACAAAUAUAUAGAUAUGUAUUUUGAUUAUUUAUUAGCUCUCCUAAUAUUCUUGACUA